AUGACAGAGACUGUUAAUGAAGAUUCUGGAGUGGGACGAUCAGUAGAGGCGAGUUCUAAUGGACACCACAGUCUAUCAGGAGAAUCACUCUCACUCUCUAAGUGGCGUUCUUCUGCUCAAGUGGAGAAUGGGACUCCUUCCACAUCCCUCUCUUACUGGGACUCCGAUGAUGAGGAAGACCAUGGCCUUAAACCCUCUCAAUUAUUUGGAAAACAUAAAUGGAAGAUAGAGAAGUUCUCAGAAAUCAAGAAAAGGGAGCUCCGUAGCAAUUAUUUUGAAGCUGGCGGCCACAAAUGGUAUAUUUUAAUUUAUCCACAAGGAUGUGAUGUUAGCAAUCAUCUCUCCUUGUUUCUCUGUGUUGCAAACCAUGAUAAACUCCUUCCAGGCUGGAGUCAUUUCGCUCAGUUUACUAUAGCUGUGGUGAAUAAAGAUCCAAAGAAAUCCAAAUUUUCAGAUACGCUUCACCGGUUUUGGAAGAAAGAACAUGAUUGGGGAUGGAAAAAGUUUAUGGAGUCAACUAAGUUAAAGGAUGGGUUCAUAGAUGAUUCCGACUGUCUUACAAUUGAGGCUCAAGUUCAGGUUAUCAGGGAAAGGGUGGACCGACCUUUUCGCUGCCUUCAUUGCGGUUAUAGGAGAGAGCUUGUUAGGGUGUACUUGUCAAACGUAGAGCAACAUUGCCGACGUUUUGUGGAAGAGAAAAGAAGCAAGCUUGGGAGGUUGAUAGAGGACAAGGCAAGGUGGACGAGGCCAAGAUCCUUAGAUGCCAAGGAAUGGCCAGCUCCGAUUGUUAGUGUGGACAAAGAUAUGUUCGUAUUAGUUGAUGAUGUGCUGUUACUCCUAGAGAGAGCUGCUCUAGAACCAUUGCCUCCAAAAGAGAAUAAAGCCCCCCAAAACCGUACAAAGGAUGGCAAUGAUGGAGAAGAGGUCAGCAAUGAAGCCGUUGAGCGUGAUGAGAGACAUUUAACUGAGUUGGGCAGACGAGCUGUGGAGAUAUUUGUUCUUACCCAUAUCUUCAACAGCAAAAUCGAGGUUGCAUAUAAAGAGGCCAUUGCGCUAAAAAGGCAGGAAGACUUAAUUCGUGAGGAAGAAGAAGAGUGGUUAGCAGAAACCGAACAGAGAGCCAAAAGAGGAGCAGCAGAGAGAGAGAAGAAAUCUAAGAAGAAACAGGCAAAGCAGAAACGGAACAAAAAUAAAGGAAAGGACAAAAAGAAGGAUGAAAAGGUUACAUCUGCAACACAUGAAAAGGAUCUCGAGGAAAACCAACAUGAUGAGGAGCGAAAGGAUUCUGUUACAGAGAAAGCACAAUCCUCAGUUGAAAAGGCUGAUACUAUUGAGGAUGUGUCCGAUAUAUCUGAUUCCGUGGAUGGUUCGGCUGACAUUCUUCACCCUGACUUAGAAGAUGGGGACAGUAGUUCUGUUCAUUGGGAUGCUGAUGCUUUGGAAAUUCAUCCUCCUCAAUCAGAAGGGAGCACCAGAGGAAGCGGCAUUUCCAUAUCUACACCCAAUGGAACUGCAGAAAGAAAGAAUCAAUCCACUAUGGAUGAUAGUUCCUCGACUUGUUCUAACGAAUCUAUCCGGUCAGGUGUUACCAAUGGCUCUUACAAAGGGAAUAUUUUGAAUUUCCAAAACCAGAAGUCGCCAAACAAAGGAAAUAACCAGCAAGUAAGAAUAACAUCAGAUGCCCGCAGUUUAGUGACUGAAACAGAUGAUGAUCAGCUAAAGAGUCAGAAUCCUUCUUCCGAAUCUGAUUGGGUUGUUGUCUCCCACAACCAGGAGUCAGAGAGCUCUCGGAGUCGUAGACCCGUAGGGAAGCAACGCAACGUGGCUCAAGUCAUUGUGAACUCAGUUCACAUGGAUCGAUCUGUUGAGAAAAGCGCUGCUGUACUUUCUUCUCCAAGAACUGCUGCCAAGAAUUCUUCACCAGUAACUCAGACAAAACCGGAGAAAAGGAGCGUUUCAAACGCAGACGCUGUUCCAAACAAGAAAGUAAUGUCAGCAACUGGACCACCUUCAUCAAGUCAGGUAUUACCACCAUCUUCAGAUAUUCAGUCGCAAGCUGUUGGUCUCAAAGCUGAUAUCCAAAAGAUCCCUCCAAAACAACCUGCAACAGCAACUACUGUAACAAGGCCUUCUAGUGCUCCUAUAGUCCCUGCGAUGCGACCCGCGCCUAUUAUUGUCUCCUCCUCGGUUCAACCAACAACAUCCCUUCCUCGGUCCAGGAGUUUCGGAGAUGAAGGAUUCAGCUACAUGCCACGUGGACCAUAUGCAGAUGGUAUUUGGGAUUUGUAA